CGCCGGUUGGCUCCUCCCGCCCCCCCGCGGCGGCGGGUUGGUCCGUUCCCCCCGCUGGCUCCGCCCCGCGCCCCCCCGCGGUGUAGUGGCCGUUGCCGGUGGCCGGCGGCGCAGAGCGGAGCGGAGCCCGCUCGGGACGCGCCCCCGAGGCGGCGGCGGCUGGGACGGGGGGCUGCCGGUGCUACACUGCGGCGGCCUCAUGUUUUCCCCUAGCCAGGAGGAGCUGUGCGCGCUGAACAAGGAGCCCGUCAAGUACGGGGAGCUGGUGGUGCUGGGGUAUAAUGGAUCCCUCCCUAACGGUGACAGGGGCCGCAGGAAAAGCAGAUUUGCCCUUUAUAAGCGAUCUAAAGCAAGUGGAGUUAAACCCAGCACUGUUCACGUCAUCUCCACUCCUCAAGCAUCAAAGCUGAAUGAGUCCAGAGUUCCAGAAGAGGUAAUUAAAGAGAUGAUAUGGUUCAGAGAAGCCGAAAGAGAGCUGCCUUCACUGCCAGUUACAGCGUGUGUUGGAGCUUCCCCUGGAAACCUUCCAACUGUUCCAAACGUGCUCAGGAAUGCAAUCAGCUCAAAAGGUCACCACAGUAUCUCUUACACGUUAUCCAGAAGCCAGACAGUUAUAGUGGAAUAUAUUCACGAUAAAGAUACAGACAUGUUUCAGGUUGGGAGGUCUACAGAAAGCCCCAUAGACUUUGUAGUAACAGAUACUAUUUCAGGAAAUCAAAAUAAUGAUGAAACCCAGAUUACCCAGAGCACCAUCUCCCGAUUCGCCUGCAGGAUUGUUUGUGACAGGAGCCCACCAUACACAGCAAGGAUCUUUGCAGCUGGCUUUGACUCAUCUAAAAAUAUAUUUCUUGGUGAAAAAGCGGCCAAGUGGAAAAACCCCGAUGGCCACAUGGACGGACUGACAACCAACGGGGUGCUGGUCAUGCAUCCCAAAGGAGGCUUCACAGAGGAGUCCAAGCCCGGAGUGUGGCGGGAGAUCUCCGUGUGUGGGGACGUGUACACGCUCCGGGAGACCAGGUCUGCUCAGCAGAGGGGCAAACUGGUGGAAAACGAGACCAACAUCCUGCAGGACGGCUCCCUGAUCGACCUGUGCGGGGCCACACUGCUGUGGCGGACGGCGGAGGGACUGCUGCACACGCCCACGCAGAAACACAUCGAGGCGCUGCGGCAGGAGAUCAACGCCGCGCGGCCCCAGUGCCCCGUGGGCCUCAACACCUUGGCCUUCCCCAGCAUCAACCGCAAGGACGUGGUGGAGGAGAAGCAGCCUUGGGCCUACCUCAGCUGCGGCCACGUGCACGGCUACCACAACUGGGGCCACCGCAGCGACACGGAGGCCAACGAGCGCGAGUGCCCCAUGUGCAGAACCGUUGGCCCCUACGUGCCUCUGUGGCUGGGCUGCGAGGCCGGGUUUUACGUGGACGCCGGGCCGCCCACCCACGCUUUCACCCCCUGUGGACACGUGUGCUCCGAGAAAUCUGCCAAAUACUGGUCCCAGAUCCCGCUGCCUCACGGGACGCACGCGUUCCACGCCGCCUGCCCGUUCUGCGCCACGCAGCUCUCCGGGGAGCACAACUGCGUCAAGCUCAUCUUUCAGGGCCCCAUCGACUGAGAAAAAUCGCUUGGCAAUGACCACAAUAAAAAUUUCCUGUAACGGUUUACUGUGAAGAUUUUUGCCACUAACUCUAGAUUUUACCUUUUUUUAUAAUGUUAUUAAUAGGGGCGGUGAGGGCGGGGAUGGGGGAAGCGAUGAGGAGAUGGAGGGACUCUGGUGGAAUUGGGAUACAUUGAUACCUGGAACUUGACAGAUAUCAGUGGUGUUGCAUGCUCAAAAGCAGCAUAUUCAUGGAGUCUUCUUGGUCAAAUUGUAGUAUAUUUGUAAUCUUUUUAUUAGUACCCUGGAUCAGAAAAAGGUGUCUUAAAUGAUUUUUUUAAGCUAAAAUUUUUUAAUGGAAAGGUUUUUUCUUCUAAACUUUGACAAGCCUUUAAAAGCUAUUUUUCAAAUCUAGAAGGAACAUACAGAAUGUAACUGUCUUUAAUUUGCAAUAUAAUUUAACUUGAAUAGUUUCUCAAGGAGCAAAUACAGAAUGUGUGGACAACCAUAGGUGAAUGUUCACUAGAGAUAAUUGGAUACGUAAGAGAAAAAUUAGCUGCCUAAAGUGUAGAGGAUAAAAGCUGUUAAAAUAUCUAUUAUGGUAUAACACAGCUGGCCAAAAAGGCAUCAAAGAUUACUUGAAACUGAGGAAAUCCUGUUUGCAUUGAUUUCCUUUCAGUGUAAUAGAUAUCCACUGGCUAUUAGGUAUGGGAGAUGGCUGAUUAUUUUCUGUCUUUUUUUAUUUUGUUUUCCAUUUAACCUGCAUCUGGUGAAACCACUUUGCUCUUUUCCAUACUUAGCUCUGGGGUUUAAGCUGAUGUCCUGUGUAUGUGUAGUCUGGACUUUUUAUUUCUGCUUUGCUUGCCCUCAGUGCUGCUUACCCAGGACCUUUGGGUGAGUGGAGGCCACAGAUUCCCAAAAUGGUCUGGGUUGGAAAAAACCUUAAAGCUCAUCAGUUCCACCCCCUGCCAUGGGAAAGAACCUUCCACCAUCCCUGGGUGCUCCAAGCCCUAUCCAACGUGGCCUUGGACACUUCCAGGGGUCCAGGGGCAGCCACAGCUUCUCUGGGCCCCCAGAGAUGUGUCCAGGCUUUACUGCAGUGCUGAAGGGGUGGUGCCACAGCAGGAUACGAGGUUUAGGUACAGCUGGUACAGAAUUUAUUUACAUAAACCCGAAUUCAGGAAAGCACUUAGUCUGUGUGCAAAUAUAAGCCCACGGCUGAGACUGUUUAGAUUCUCAAGAGCUUCAGUGCAUUGCGGUUACUUGCUGUUAUGUUUUGAAAUAAAAAAAAGCAAUUAAAAAUAAAUUAUUUUUUAAACUCACUUUAAAGCAUUUUCACUAGAAGGGAGAGCAUUAUUUCCAGUUCUGAGCAUUUUUGUUCACUUUUCGACUUGCUGCCAUCUGUCACCUUUUCUUUUGCAGAUUGAGUUCUGUUUGUGUCUCUUUUUUUACCCCCAAAUGUUUGCAAAUCAAACAACAUUCAAAUGUAAUCAAAUACAUGCACCAGGGUGGUACAUCUGAAGUGGAUCACUUGAAAUUCGUGACUUUUUAAGAGAGCUGAUAAAUGUUUACUAUGGAAAUAAUUAAAUCAGAAUUUCAUAUGAGGUGUACCCUGCCCACUGUUAGACCCAUUUCAUGCAGAAUGAUAACUCUUUGAUUUGUGGGGGUUUUUUUCUUUAUGCUUUCUGUACUCUUGGUAUCUGAGGUAUCAAUCUAUCCAGGUUUAAAGAAAAAUUUGGGAGAAAUCUCUAACGUCUCUAGAUGAAAUUGAUCAUUCAAGCUCAGUUCUGUCUAAUCAACUAUAGCUUUUUGCUAUAUUUGUGCCCUUUGUAUAAAUACAUAAUUUAUAUGAUUUUAAUAUAUUCUGUAUAUAUAUAUACUUGAAUUGGCCUGUUCAUAUUUUGGUUGUAAAAUUGUUUUAUAGUUAACCUUAUAAACAUUUUACAUGUCCCUU